UCUUCACACAAAUAAAUACCCAAGUCCACCUUCAUUUCUUACACAGUCACUCUAUCACUCUUUUUCUUCUGCGCCUCAAACAAGUUCCUUUGAUUCAUUCCAUUUCUUCCAAAAUGGCCAAAGAGCCAGUUCGCGUUCUCGUCACUGGUGCUGCAGGGCAAAUUGGGUAUGCUCUUGUCCCUAUGAUUGCUAGGGGAGUGAUGUUGGGUCCUGACCAGCCUGUGAUCCUCCACAUGCUUGACAUUCCCCCUGCAGCAGAGUCAUUGAAUGGGGUUAAAAUGGAAUUGGUGGAUGCUGCAUUCCCUCUUCUUAAAGGUGUUGUUGCUACAACUGAUGUGGCUGAGGCAUGCACUGGGGUCAAUAUUGCGGUGAUGGUUGGUGGAUUCCCAAGAAAAGAAGGUAUGGAGAGGAAAGAUGUGAUGUCUAAGAAUGUCUCCAUUUACAAGUCCCAGGCUUCUGCACUUGAAAAACACGCUGCUGCCAACUGCAAGGUUCUGGUUGUUGCUAACCCAGCAAACACCAAUGCAUUGAUCUUGAAGGAAUUCGCUCCAUCUAUUCCCGAGAAGAACAUUUCUUGUUUGACUAGAUUGGAUCACAAUAGGGCACUGGGCCAAAUUUCUGAAAGACUUAGUGUUCAGGUUUCUGAUGUAAAGAAUGUCAUUAUCUGGGGCAAUCACUCAUCAACUCAGUAUCCCGAUGUUAACCAUGCAACUGUUGCAACCCCAGCUGGGGAGAAGCCGGUCCGCGCACUUGUAGCUGAUGAUGCCUGGUUGAAUGGAGAAUUCAUAACUACUGUUCAACAACGUGGUGCUGCAAUUAUCAAAGCUAGAAAGCUUUCAAGUGCACUAUCAGCUGCUAGUGCUGCUUGUGACCAUAUUAGAGAUUGGGUUCUUGGAACUCCUCAGGGCACCUGGGUCUCAAUGGGAGUAUAUUCUGAUGGUUCUUACAAUGUUCCAGCUGGAUUGAUCUAUUCAUUCCCUGUCACUUGUGCCAAUGGGGAAUGGAAAAUAGUUCAAGGACUUUCAAUUGAUGAGUUCUCAAGGAAAAAGUUGGACUCGACAGCAGAUGAGCUUUCUGAGGAAAAGGCAUUGGCUUACUCAUGCCUCUCUUAGACACAUUGCUUAUAGGUUCCCAUGUUUUGCCUAUAGAUUUAGCUUCAAUUUUGAAUAAUGCUCCUUCUAGAUACUAUCAGUGGAGAGUCUGCUUUUCAUUGGAAUUUCUUGUAUUGCAACAUCUAAUCCUUUUUAGGAGGAUAUUUGAGCUUACCGUUUUGGACCAUGGGCCACAUGUUAAAUUGGACUAGUCCUAAUAUUAUGUGCUUUAGUGCCCCAUGCUUUUAGGGCUUGAACUAUUUCGUGUGUUUAUGAUGGCUGUGUACAAGAAUUUUGGUGUUUGUGGGAAUGCACAAGCGUGCAUACACAUGCAUCUAUGCAUUAUGCCUUGUGAUUGAGUGUUAUGCACUUUGUAUUGCGCAGCAA